GUGGUUCAGAACGGAAGAGGACAUCUUGUAGCCUAUUAAAAUGUUUGGGUACCUACUCUAGACUUCUAUUCUUCAUAGCUCUUAUGUAGGUGCAGCUCGAGCUCAUGGGAUUUCUAUUUUCUUGUUCUUGGUUAUUUUAUUGUUCUCGCCUUUCUCAAGUUAUUUAGAAGUGAUUUUCCAACUAUUUGAAAAGUUUAUUCUGUUGAGAACCUGCUGUGAACCUGCAAAAAAAUGCAACCGCAAAUAAUUCUUCUGAAAGAGGGCACUGAGAACUCGCAGGGCAAGCCGCAGCUGAUCUCGAACAUCAAUGCGACGCAAGAGGUUGCUGAGGCGGUGCGCACGACGCUCGGCCCCCGAGGCAUGGACAAGCUGAUUGUGACGGGGGGCGGCAAGGCCACCAUCUCCAACGACGGCGCCACCAUCAUGAAGCUGCUUGACAUCAUUCACCCCGCCGCCAAGACCCUCGUCGACAUUGCCAAGUCGCAAGAUGCCGAGGUUGGUGACGGUACCACAAGUGUGGUUCUCCUGGCCGGAGAGUUUUUGAAACAAGUGAAGCCGUAUGUUGAGGAGGGUGUUCAUCCUCGCAUUGUCAUCAAAGCAGUCCGCAAAGCGCUACACAUAUGUCUCGAGAAAAUUGAACAGAUCGCUGUGAAGAUUGAGAAGACGAACACAGCCGAGCAUCGCUCGCUGCUGGAGAAGUGUGCAGCCACCGCACUCAGCUCCAAGCUCAUUCACCAGCAAAAAGACUUCUUCUCGAAAAUGGUGGUCGACGCCGUUCUGCAACUCGACGAUCUUUUGCCAUUGAACAUGAUUGGAAUCAAGAAAGUGCAGGGUGGAGCUCUAGAGGACUCACUGUUAGUAGGCGGAGUAGCUUUCAAAAAGACUUUCUCCUACGCUGGUUUUGAAAUGCAGCCGAAAACUUACAAAAAUCCCAAAAUUGCACUACUCAACAUUGAACUGGAGCUGAAAGCUGAACGUGAUAACGCUGAAAUUCGGGUAGAAAGUGUCAGUGAAUACCAGAAGGUGGUUGACGCGGAAUGGCAGAUUUUGUACGAGAAACUGGACAAGAUAGUGGCCAGCGGUGUACAGGUUGUCCUCUCCAAGCUUCCCAUUGGUGACGUUGCCACACAGUACUUUGCCGACAGGGACAUGUUUUGUGCGGGCCGUGUUCCCGACGAAGACCUGAAGCGAACAAUGAAGGCGUGCGGUGGAUCGGUGAUGUCGACGGCUCACGAUCUGCGCGAAGAGGUACUGGGCCGCUGCGAGCUGUUCGAGGAACGACAAAUUGGAGGAGAUCGAUUCAACUUUUUCACUGGUUGCCCGAAUGCUAAAACAUGCACCCUGAUAUUGCGAGGUGGUGCGGAGCAGUUCCUUGAGGAAACUGAACGCUCGCUGCAUGACGCCAUUAUGAUUGUGCGCCGGACAAUCAAGAACGAUGCCGUUGUAGCUGGUGGUGGUGCGAUUGAGAUGGUUCUGAGCAAGACGCUGAGAGACUACUCGAGGACGAUCGCAGGCAGAGAGCAGCUGCUGAUUGGAGCCAUUGCCAAGGCACUGGAGGUCAUUCCGCGCCAGCUCUGCGACAACGCUGGCUUCGACGCCACCAACAUUCUCAACAAACUCAGGCAGAAACAUGCGCAAGGUGAGCACUGGUUCGGCGUAGACAUCACGAAGGAGGACAUCAGCGACAACUUUGUGAACUGCGUGUGGGAGCCAGCGAUCGUGAAGCGGAACGCGCUGACUGCAGCCUGCGAGGCGACCACCAUCAUCCUAUCGGUCGACGAGACCAUCAAGAACCCCAAGUCGGGGGGUGACGCUCCCGCCGGGCCCCCUCGCGGCAUGAUGGGUCGUGGCAUGGGCCGACCCCCCAUGAUGUAGACAGUUCCAUAGUUGAUAACUCAACUCAGCCACAGAGACUGUGUAAACACCAUUCUUCAGUUUCAUAGUUAACAACUCAACUCAGGCAGAGAUGUACUCACAAACGCACUCGUUCUUCGUUCUUCAGUUCCAUUAACAUCAACUUAACACCGGUCACGACCAGUAUUUCAUGCUAACUCGCGCCAGCUUUAAAGCUACUAUUGUUUUCAAUGUUGAAAAAUUCUAUUUGCAGUAGAACUACUGUUGUUUUCAAUAUUGAAAGAUGAUAUUAUUAACAGAACUGCUAUUAUUUUUAAUGUUGGAGAUUUGCACUGUUCUAUUCUUUAUUCUACAAAAUAAACAUUUGUAACAAUCUAA